AAACAACAGCGGAAGCAAAAAUCAAUUCGCAUAUUCUUUCCCCCAAAUUGUUAUUCUUUUUUGGCGCCAGAUUCCAAUUUUAACGGUCACGAUUUCAACACGCUUACUGCGUGUAUGUGAGAGAGAAAGUGUGUGUGUGUGUGUGUAAGGUGCAUCAAUGGCGGAUUCAUCCAAUGGUCCGUCUAGUUUCUGGACUCAGGCUAAUGCUUUAUUCAGAAAGAAUUUGACUUUUCAGAAAAGGAAUAUCAGGACAAAUCUGAGGCUUGUAUUCUUCCCGAUCGUCCUUUGUUUGUUACUAGUAUUACUACAAGCAAUAAUCAACAAUGAAUUAGAUAAACCCGAAAAUAAAUGUGGUUGCACUUGUAUUGAUCAAGACGGUGACGGUCAGUGUGAGAGAGUGUGCGGGAUUCAAUACUCAGAUUUGGAUCAAGUGGCCACUUGCCCUAUACCAAUACCACCUGAAUGGCCUCCCAUAUUGCAAUUACCAGAUUCACAGUUUCGUGCUGUGAGAACUGAUAUCAUUCCAUUUGGUGAUUUGCCUAACGAAUCAUGUAGAGCUACAGGUUCAUGUCCAGCCACUGUCCUUAUUACUGGGACUAAUAGAUCUCUUGGAGAGAGGCUGGCUAGAAAUAUGUUCCCAAGUUCUACCAAUUUCAGUUCAGCCAAUGGUCUGGCUGGUGCUGUAUUGGGCUCAGCUUCAAAGACUGAUAUGUAUAACUUUUUUGAGUCUGCUUUUUUCUCGAGUUUUCCUAUCUACUAUGUUCAAUCUCAGUGUGGAGCCAACUCCACAUUUUCUAUUUCUGUCCCCAUAGCAUCCAUUGAAUUACAAAAAGAAAUCAGAUGUGUUCAAGGUCAACAUUUAUGGCGCAACAGCUCUUCUGAAAUUAACAAUGAGCUCUAUGCGGGAUACAGAAAGGGAAACUCUGAAGAUAAAAUAAAUGAGAUAUUAACAGGCUAUGAUUUCUUGAAUUCGAAUAUGAAUAAUUAUAAUGUGACAGUAUGGUACAACUCUACAUACAAGAAUGACACAGGAGGUGGUCCCACAGGACUGGUUCGGCUUCCUCGCUCAAUAAAUUUGUUAUCAAAUGCUUACUUACAACUUUUGGUUGGGCCAUCAACACAAAUGCUAUUUGAUUAUGUAAAAGAGAUGCCCAAGGCUGAAACCGAAAUCAGGCUAGACUUCUCUUCCCUCCUUGGAACAUUGUUCUUUACAUGGGUCAUUUUGCAACUUUUCCCUAUUGUUUUAACCACUCUGGUGUAUGAGAAACAACAAAAGUUAAGGAUCAUGAUGAAAAUGCAUGGUCUUGGGGAUGGCCCUUAUUGGAUGAUUUCUUAUGCAUACUUCCUUGCCAUAUCUUUGCUGUAUAUGUUAUGUUUCGUGGCAUUUGGCUCAGUUGUAGGGUUGAAGUUCUUUACAUUGAACGACUACAGUAUCCAAUUUGUGUUCUAUGUUAUAUAUGUGAAUCUACAAAUUUCUCUGGCAUUUCUAGUGGCUGCACUUUUCUCUAAUGUGAAGACGGCUGCAGUUGUGGGUUAUAUCACCGUCUUUGCAACUGGUCUCUUAGGAGGAUUCUUCUUCCAGUUCUUCCUUCAAGAUAAAUCAUUUUCCAGAUUUUGGAUUGUCGUGAUGGAGUUGUAUCCAGGGUUUUCUCUAUAUGGCGGACUUUAUGAAUUUUCACAGUAUGCUUUUACUGGAAACUAUAUGGGUACUGAUGGAAUGCGUUGGGGAGAUUUAGGGGAUAGCAAUAAUGAAAUGCGUCAUGUCUUAAUAAUCAUGGUUGUGGAAUGGGUGGUGGUUUUCUUUAUUGCAUACUACAUAGACCAGGCUGUAACAUCCGGAAGUGGUAUCCGAAAAAGUCCACUUUUUUUCUUGGACAAGUUCAAAAAGAAGCCUUCAGUUUCAUUCAGGAAACCCAGUUUACAAAGGCAGGGUUCAAAAGUAUAUGUGCAGCUGGAGAAACCUGAUGUGGCCCAAGAGAGAGAGAGGGUCGAGCAGUCAUUACUUGAACAAGAUACAAGCCAUUCAAUCGUAUGUGAUAACCUCAAAAAGGUGUAUCCGGGAAGAGAUGGAAACCCAGAGAAAUUUGCAGUUAGAGGUUUGUCACUUGCAUUAUCUCAAGGGGAGUGCUUUGGAAUGCUUGGUCCAAAUGGUGCUGGCAAAACCUCUUUCAUUAAUAUGAUGAUUGGGCUCAUUAAGCCAAGCUCUGGCACAGCUUAUGUUCAAGGUCUGGAUAUAACAACCAACAUGGAUCAGAUUUAUGGUAACAUGGGUGUAUGUCCUCAGCACGACUUGCUUUGGGAAACCCUAACGGGUAGGGAGCAUCUUCUAUUCUAUGGAAGGCUUAAGAAUCUCAAAGGUUCAACCUUGACACAAGCAGUUGAAGAAUCUCUUAGAAGUGUCAAUCUCUUCAACGGUGGGGUAGCUGACAAGCAAGCUGGUAAGUAUAGUGGAGGCAUGAAAAGGAGGCUUAGUGUUGCCAUUUCAUUAAUUGGAGAUCCCAAGGUUGUGUACAUGGACGAGCCUAGCACUGGACUGGACCCAGCUUCAAGAAAUAACCUAUGGAAUGUGGUGAAGCGAGCCAAACAAAACCGUGCAAUCAUUCUUACAACACAUUCUAUGGAGGAAGCUGAGCAUCUAUGUGACCGUUUAGGAAUCUUUGUCGAUGGCAGCUUGCAGUGUGUCGGAAAUCCUAAAGAGUUAAAGGGUAGAUACGGAGGUUCAUACGUGUUCACAAUGACAACAUCCUCAGAUCACGAGACAGAUGUAGAAAACCUAGCAAAGGGUCUCGCACCAAACGCUAACAAGAUAUACCAAAUAUCUGGAACACAAAAAUUUGAGUUGCCAAAAGAAGCCAUCAAAAUAGCAGACGUUUUUCGGGCAGUUGAGUACGCUAAAAGCAGAUUCACUGUUCAGGCAUGGGGGCUUGCAGACACUACUCUUGAGGACGUUUUUAUCAAAGUUGCUCGAGAAGCUCAACCGUUUGAUGUUCUUUCAUAAUAUCUUUAGUUUAAAGGUCACAAGUUCAAAUCGUUAAUUCUUGGCAGCACUGUAGCAGGUUAAAAAAUAGUAUAUAGUUUAGCUUAUAUAUUAUCUAAUGCCCAGAUCAGCCUCAUGCGGUUAUGUUGUAUAUGUAUUUGGUAAACAUUUAAGUUUUUAGUUUUUAGAUAUAUUUAUGAACAUCAAAUGUAGUAUACUAGUAUGGUAUGUAUUUGAUAAACUAUAGCAUUUCUCAUAUGUUUAUGGUAGUGAGGUAUGGUAUAUUUAUUUUGAUCUUUUUAAAUGUA